UGCCCAAGUCGCCCCGGGGUGCAGUUCCCGUAUAACCUUAGCCUCAAAGUCAAGAACUGGGAGCUGUGGGGCGAAUGCUGUGGGAGGUGCCCCUGCCAUGGACAGCGGCCUGGUUGGCGCCAAUACAGGAGCUGGGCCUACGAUGAAGAUCAAGCAGGAGAAGGUGGAAUGGCCGGUGCCCAUGCCAGUGCCUCUGGCCGAGAGGGAUAAGGAGAAUAUUUUCCAACAGCAUCGGGGCCUCCUGCCCUGCCAAAACCUGAGCAAGCCACGGACUCUGGGAGGGCAGGAGGAACCCGGGGAGUCCAGAUGGACCCCUCCAGCUGAGCAGGCUGGGGCGCCGGCCGGGCGGGCAGCCCUCCCGGCUGGCGAGGGCCACUUCGCGUGCCUGGACUGCGGGAAGCGCUUCAGCUGGUGGUCGUCGCUGAAAAUCCACCAGCGCACGCACACGGGGGAGAAGCCUUACCGAUGUGCCAAGUGCGGCAAGAGUUUCAGCCAGAAGCCCAACCUGGCACGCCACCAGCGCCACCACACCGGCGAGCGGCCCUUCUGCUGCCCAGAAUGUGCGCGGCGCUUCAGUCAAAAGCAGCACCUGCUUAAGCACCAGAAGACCCACGCGCGGCCUGCCACUCAUGCCUGCCCGGAGUGCCAGCGCUGCUUCCGUCACCAGGUGGGAUUGCGAGUACACCUGCGUGCACAUGCCCGUGACCGUGCCGGCUUGCAGCAGCUCCUGCGUUGCCGCUCGCGCCCUGCGCCUCCACGGGGCCGUGCAGACUGGGCCUGGCUGGGACUCUGCCAGGGCUGGUGGCGGCCGCCCGGAGCCCACCCUACCGCUGCCAGUGCUUCUGCCACUGGUGGUGCCGCAGGACUGGGCGAGCAGCGCCAGUUCAUCUGCAACGAGUGUGGCAAGAGCUUCUCGUGGUGGUCGUCGCUGAACAUCCACCAACGCAUUCACACCGGCGAGAGGCCCUACCCGUGCCCAGAGUGUGGUCGCCGCUUUAGCCAGAAGCCCAACCUCACCCGGCACCUGCGCAACCAUACGGGCGAGCGGCCGCACCCCUGCACGUACUGUGGGCGCAGCUUCCGCCAGAAGCAGCAUCUGCUCAAGCACCAACGCACACACCUGCCCGGUGCCCAAGCCGCACAUUGCACCAGCUGCGGCCAGAGCUGCCCCAGCCGCGCGGCGCUACGGGCCCACCUGCGCGCCCAUGCUGCCGCCGCAGAGCUCUCCGGGUCUGGGCCUGCUAAUCUGGACUCUGAGCCCACUCUGACACCCACUGCCAUCCCUGCGGGUCAAUCCCCACAGCACAGUCCCGUGCGUGCCCGGGGCCCCACGGAUAUGCUAUGGGGCCGGGCACCGGCUGGCUUAGGUGAACCGCGCCAGUUCAUCUGCAACGAGUGUGGUAAGAGCUUCUCCUGGUGGUCGGCGCUCACCAUCCAUCAGCGCAUUCACACGGGCGAGCGGCCCUACCCAUGCCCCGAGUGUGGCCGCCGCUUCAGCCAGAAACCCAACCUUACCAGGCACCAGCGCAACCACACCGGCGAGCGGCCCUACCUAUGUGCUGCCUGCGGCCGCGGCUUCAGCCAGAAGCAGCAUCUGCUCAAGCAUCAGCGUGUGCACCGGGGGGCACUCGCUCCCACGCCCAGCACCAAGGACGAAGAGGCGCUUUAAUGCUCCUGGAUCCCCGCAGACUGGGGUGGGGUGGAGAGAUAUUUGUGGGUACACGUGGGGAACUGGCCAUAGUCAUAGACCUGGGUCCCCAGUAAGGCUCCAGCAAAAGGUGUUUUCCUCAAGGUCCCUCAGGACCAGAGAACAGAAUUUUCCCCACU